AUGCUCUCCAAGCUUUCCCUUGCAGCGCUCGCGGGCGUCUUGCUCUCUGCUGUAGCGGGAGGGCCUGUCAACGCCAACGACCACUCCCCCGCCAGCAAGAGAGCUCCACUGGGGCUCAGCCUGCCUCCUUUGAUUCCCUCCAUCCCAGGCGUUACGGAGCCUCUUGCCUCCAACGCGCCGCCCCUCCCUAUUCUCCAGAUCCCCACGCCUCCCAUUGAUAGCCCCCCUUUCACGGGUGCCAACAUCAAGCCCAAGAAAAUUGGAUACUUUUGGACUGGGGCAGGUGACAACAUUCACAAAGACUUCCUGGUGACUGCCAGUCUGGACGACGUACAUAACCCCCAUAUUCUCCCCUGUCCGCUGUGUGAGGGUUUGAAAGUAUUGACUGUUUUGGGCAUUCAGGAUACGUUUGGGCAGAUCAUCACCGUCACCGAUGUCCCUACCAGUGGUAACUCACCUCAUCACUUGGGAAGCUCACUCGACGGCAAGACCCUCGUCGGAGGUGGACUUCUCUCACUGUUGAAGACCCAGGAUACGGCGUUCUACUUUGACGUAUCGAACCCGUAUGCUCCCAAGUUUAAGAAGUCCAACUGUGCUCUUUUAAGCUCUAUCGUGGACGAGAUCAGAGCUAAGCCUGAGGGUGGAUUCUUCAUCACCUAUAUGGGCAGCGCAGUGGGCACCUCACCCGGUCGUCUCGUCGAGACUAACGUCGAGGGAGACAUCAUUCACGAGUGGCCUGAGGAUGUCGCUGGCACGCUGAACAUCCUUGGCGAGCAGUUCAGCCCCCACGGUCUGGCUGUGGACUUCAACAAGGGCAUCAUCUUGACGUCUGAUUUCGUUGUUCCCAUCACCAUCCUCAAGCCGACCCUGGGCAUUCAGAAGGCGAGCACUCUGAGACUGUGGAAUCUGUCUGACCGAACGAUCAUUUCGACCAUCACCAUCCCUAACGGGCUCGGCAUCCAAGAUGUGAAGUUCAUCCCAGGAAAUCCCGAAAGCGCUGCCAUCGCAACCGCCGUCGGCCCAGGCCAAGUCUGGAUCAUCUACCCCUUCCGCCGCGACUCGUCCGGAAAGCAGGGCGUCGCCGAGCUGCUCUACGAUCUCGGCUCCAAGGCGAAGGACUCCCUGGCCAUCUACUCGGAUAUCAGCGACGACGGCAAGCUGGCGUACUUCACCAUCACGCUCGGCAACCACGUCGCGGCGCUCGACAUCUCAGACUUGAACAACGUCAAGAGGCUCGACGACCCGAACGAGACGCAGCCCAUCAUCGGGCCGCACUAUGUCAAGAUCAGCCCCGACAAGAAGAACCUGCUUGUUACCGGAUACUUUGUCCAGGGCGGCGAUAUUUCAAUUGUCAACACCCCUGGAGACUACAAGGGCCACUGGAUUGACAUCCUUCCCAACGGAGGUCUCAGUUUCAACAGGACGAUCGAUUUCGAGAGCAUCUUCACCCGCGACCGUGGUGGUGCUCGGUCUCAUUCUUCCGUCAUUUUCGACCUUACCGAUCCCAAGAACCCCAAGUACUACUGA